GGUUCGGGGUCCUUUUGUAAUAACAUCAUGGCUGCCCUCUGCACUGUUAGACACCGGUGGAAAAGAUUGAAAUGUCUGCCGAUUUUCACCAGAAACCUUACAGGGAGGUAUGACUACGACUUGGUGGUUAUUGGUGGAGGCUCUGGAGGCCUGGCCUGCUCCAAAGAAGCGGCACAGCUGGGACAGAAAGUCGCCGUUCUAGAUUAUGUUGAACCGUCUGCCAAAGGAACAAAAUGGGGUCUUGGUGGCACGUGUGUCAACGUUGGCUGCAUUCCUAAGAAGCUCAUGCAUCAGGCCGCUCUCCUUGGUACUGCAGUCAAAGAUGCGAAGAAGUACGGCUGGCAGAUGCCAGAGACACUUCGCCAUGACUGGGCCGUCAUGGCGGAGGCAGUUCAGAAUCAUGUCAGAUCUUUAAACUGGGGCCACAGAGUCCAGCUCCAAGACAAGAAAGUCAAAUAUCUGAACCUCAAAGGCAGUCUGCUGGACGAACACACAGUGAGAGGUCUGAGCAAAGCAGGAAAGGAGACAGUCCUGACCGCCAAGAACAUUGUGAUCGCCACAGGUGGACGACCAAAGUACCCCACUCAGAUCCCUGGAGCUGUGGAGCACGGCAUCACCAGCGACGACGUCUUCUGGCUGAAGCAGUCCCCUGGAAAAACACUCGUGGUUGGAGCCAGCUACGUUGCUCUGGAGUGUGCCGGCUUCCUCACAGGCAUCGGCUUGGACACCACGGUGAUGGUUCGUAGCGUCGCCCUCCGGGGUUUCGAUCGGCAAAUGGCGGGUCUUGUGACGGAUUACAUGGAAGCUUAUGGGACCAGGUUUGUUUGGGGGUCCGUUCCCCAGAGAGUGGACAGGCUCCCGUCGGGACCCCUCCAGGUGACGUGGAACGACAGCGAAACCGGCAGGGAGCACAAAGACACCUUCGACUCGGUGCUGUGGGCAGUGGGAAGGGCUCCCGAAACCAAAACCCUUGGACUCGACAAGCUGGGCGUGCAGCUCAACCAAGAGACGGGGAAAAUAGUCGUGGGCCCAGACGAAUCCACCUCGGUGCCAAACGUCUAUGCUUUCGGAGACAUCGGCGAGGGUCGUCCAGAGCUGACACCUACUGCCAUCAAGGCAGGAAAGCUCCUUGCCCACAGGCUCGCCGGCCAGAGCACCGACCUUAUGAACUACGACAACGUGGCCACCACCGUGUUCACCCCUCUGGAGUACGGCUGCGUCGGCCUGUCAGAGGAGGAGGCCGAGAGGAGACGUGGGAAAGACGGGAUAGAGGUGGGAUCAGUCAUUCUCAUCCCGCCCUGGUCUGGAGCGUUAAAUAAUGGAAUUUUUUUUUCUUUUUUUACCAGAGUUAUUUAAUAAUAACACCAUAAAAAAACUUCAAUGCAUAAAACAUAAAAGCCUCAAAAUUUGAAAUAGUCUGAAAUAUAUAAAUAUAAACAUCCUUCCUACGUGUUUAAACACCCUCAGCAAGCUGUGAGAUCCAGCUUUUCAGCAUGUUUCAUUCAUUUUAAAUAAAAAUCAACUUCCAUUAUAAAAAACAUAAUGUUGCUCUCCAGAAUCGGCUUGGAUCAUUUCACCAUUGAAACACAAACAAUUGGAGGCAGAACUUUAUUAUUCCCACAACCACUUCUGGCAAUAAAAUGGCCACUUAGCAUGAUGCUACCACGUUGGUUGAAGGUGCCAUAGUUAAGUUGGUAAGUAAGUAAACUACUUAUAUGGCACAUUUUACAGGUCAGAAACCACAAACGGCUUUGGAAAAUAUAAGACAUA